AUGUCUGAUUCUUCUGUUUCUUUGGUUAAUUCUUCCAUAUUCACUCUCAAGGGCUUCCCUGGCCUAGAACAGUACUACCCCUGGAUAUCAGUCCCCUUCUCAUCCAUCUAUGCCAUGGUGUUUCUGGGAAACUGCAUGGUGCUUCAUGUGAUCCGGACUGAACCAAGCCUACACCAGCCCAUGUUCUAUUUCCUGGCCUUUCUGGCCCUCACUGACCUGUGCAUGGGGCUGUCCACAGUGCACACGGUGCUGGGAAUCCUGUGGGGCAUCAGUCAGGAGAUCAGUCUGGAUGGCUGCAUUGCACAGGCUUAUUUUAUCCAUGGACUGUCCAUCACAGAGUCUGGAGUGCUUCUCACCAUGGCCUAUGAUCGCUUUACUGCAAUCUGCAAUCCUCUGAGAUACACGUCCAUCCUGACUAACCACAGAGUCCUUGGUCUCCUGGUGGGCAUUUUGAUGAGAAGUGCUCUCUCCAUCCUUCCUGUCAUCAUCCGUCUGAAGUGGUUCCAGUACUGCUGUCCACACAUGCUCUCUCACUCUUUCUGCCUGCACCAGGACCUCCUCAGGCUGGCCUGCUCUGACAUCCGUUUCAACAGUUUCUAUGCCCUGACACUUGUGAUUUUCACCUUGCUGCUGGAUUCUCUUCUGAUUCUGGUUUCUUAUGUUUUCAUCUUGUGCACAGUGCUGGCUGUUGCAUCUCAGGAAGAGAGGCUCAAGUCUUUGCAGACCUGUGUGUCUCACAUCUGUGCUGUUCUGGUCUUCUACAUUCCCAUCAUUGGUCUCACCAUGGUCCACCGUUUUGGGAAGCAUCUGUCUCCUUUGGUGCAUGUCUUGAUGGGCAACAUCUAUAUUCUCUUCCCACCUCUGAUGAAUCCAAUAAUCUAUAGUGUCAAGACCCAGCAGAUUCGAACCAGGUUGAAGAAGUGGUUUUCCUUGAAAGUGUAG